AUGAACUCAGUGGAGCGUUUAGUUCACUACAUUGAUAAAUUAGAAGUAGAAGCUGAGAGUAUAAUACCAGACAACAGACCACCAUCUGGAUGGCCAUCUCGUGGAGAAAUUCAUAUUAACAAUUUAGAAAUUAAAUAUGGACUUGAUAGUCCUCUAGUUUUGAAAGGCAUCUCAGUCAAUACUAUGGCUGCUGAAAAGAUUGGAAUUGUUGGUCGAACUGGAUGUGGAAAAUCAACAUUGGCAACAUCAUUCUUUAGAUUUAUUGAAGCAACUUCUGGAAGUAUUGUAAUUGAUGAUGUUGAUAUCAGUACUAUUGGAUUAAAAGACCUUAGAAGUAAUAUUACUAUCAUACCUCAAGAUCCAGUACUAUUUAAUGUUAUUCAUUCUGUUUCGGAUCAGGAAAAUAAUGAACCAAUAACGCUUGACUCACCUGUCAAAGAAAAUGGAGCAAAUUUUUCCCAAGGUCAACAACAACUAAUUGCAAUUGCUAGAGCGCUAGUUCGUAAUUCUAAACUAAUAAUAAUGGAUGAAGCUACUGCAAGUACAGAUUUCAAGACUGAUCAUUUAAUACAGACUACAAUUAGAGAAGAGUUUAAGGAUAGUACUGUUAUUACUAUUGCGCAUAGACUGCGAACUAUUGUAGAUUAUGAUAAAAUUCUGGUUAUGGAUGCUGGAAAUGUAGUGGAAUUUGAUAUUCCAUACUUAUUAAUGCAGAAGCCUGAUGGGUGGUUCAGAGGAAUGUGUGAAAAAAGUGGUGAAUUUGCAGAAUUAAUAAACAUUGCUAAGCAGAAAUAUGAGAAAAUAUCAUUAGCAU